UUUUAUAUCGCAGGAUAUGGGGCAACAUGUGAUAUUAAUUUAGUCGAACGGCUCAUUCGUUCUCAUCCGAUAUGGUUUCUUCCUGGAAUUCAACGCGCUGGCGCUUUUCAUCUUCUUCAAGGCAAAGAAGAAGGUUGUUUUGUGGUCAGACAAUCAUCGCAACCGGACACAAUGGCUCUGUCAGUACGAUUACCACCCGAUAAAGGGCCGUACAUAGAGCAUUAUUUGAUUCAGUCGUCUGAAGGACGGUUAGGUUUAGAAACGAGCGAAAACAGAUUUGACAACAUGCCUGCUCUUAUUGCUCAUUAUGCUAAUUGUUGUGAUGAACUCCCUGUGCAAUUGACCCUUCCUAAGGCCAUUCGUGAAGCUAAGAGUAGACAACAAUUGUCGUCAUUGGCCCUUUUAGGUCAGGAGUUUUGGAGAUACAGUCCUCCACCGUCAGCUUCUUCUAGUCCUGAUGUUGAUUUGGUUCUUAAUCCAUUGUUAAGCAGUUUUAAGAAAACGGAUUCGUCGACUCCAACUGAAGAUGUUUCCAAGCCCAUUCGACCCAAUACGUUAAAUUUGGUGACUAGUGUCGACGCGCCAAAAAUGGACACUGUACCAGUGAAGAACACUCCGCUUUUGACGAAAGCAGAACUUUCCAAAGUACCACCUCCGCCGCCUCCGCGGUGGUCUAAACCUACAACGCCUCAAAGCAACUUCGGAACUCCACAAAAUAAUUUUACCGUUACUACUACCGUUACGUUUAGUGUUAAACCCGAAAGUCCUCGAAAUGAGUUGCCGUCGUCGCAAAUGGAAGUCGUAUGCGAUCCCAAAAGGAUGUCACCGGAAGGUCAGUGCCAUUCAACAGUCUCUUCAAAAGAUAAUAGUUUGAGAAGAGGUCCUGAUCAGGUCGUCUCCCCUAACGGAUCCAUACUGUCGCCCUUAUCUGACCCUAGUAGUAUAUUAUCGCCUGACACCUUAUCUCCUCUUUCCGUCACCAAAACGGGGCGGCAUAGUAAACGAUCAAAGCAUAAAAUAUCGAAGCAUUAUCAAGAAUCCGAUAUCCUCGAUUCCCCAACGGUGUAUUAUAGAAGUGCUGUGGGAGACAAAGUCAGCGAUUAUGAAGAUCUCUGGACUAACGAGCAUUCUACGUUUAAGCCUAGAAAUUACAACAAUAAUAACAAUAAUAAUAUUUGCAAUAAUUUGCCAUCUCCUGAUCUGCUUCAACACACGCAAAAUGUUGUUUCCUUGAACAACAAUGUUUUAAGUCCGGCGGACUCUCAUAGUGGCUCACAAAGGAGUCAUUGCAGCACACCAGUGGUCAACGUAUCCAAUCAAAAUUCACAAAAUUUCGUACAAUCUCCUGUUGGAGAAGUCCCGAAGAAUCCUGAACCGAAAGACAGUGCAAAUGGGCAGUCUCCGAAGCAAAGUAGCCCUUUCUAUGCUGAACCGGCAGAUUCCUUGACGUCUAUUGCUGUUCCAAGACGUUUUAUCGGAAGAAGUUUAAUUCCUAUGCAACAAAGGCAUUCCAACCCACCGGCCUUACUUUUGCAUUCCUCGCUAAGUCCUGGUUUGGAACGAAUUGACUCUCCUGAACUUAAUGGUACUAUUUCUUCGUCUGUUGGUAAUUUGAGUCCUAAACAGAAGCCUGUUCCUCUUAAGAAACCGGAAAUAAAACCUGUACAACCUCCUUUCGUAAAACCAAAACUAAAUGAAAACUGGACUAUAGAUAACAGCUGGAAGUUUUUGGUCAAUGAAAACGAUGCAAGUAUGGAUUUAAGCGAUGCAGAUUAUGACUCAGAUUGGCCUUCAGGACCACCUCAUUUACCACUGUCUCCACAUGCUUGCGAUGCUGAUGAUAGAAUUACCAUUCAGGAUUUAAUUGCAAGAAGGUAAGUAAUUAAUAAUUUU